UUAAAAUAAAUUGGAAAUUGAAAAGAAAUGAAUUCUUCGAUUAUCUUGGCGAACCUUUCUAAAUCAUUGAUAUUUAAACAAUUAAGAAAAUGCCACAGUGUUUUUGGUUAUAAAGAUAUUUUGAGCCCGGAGAAGAAUUUAGAAAAGUUCUCGAUAUUGCCGGUGAUAAGCGACCAGCAUGACUUGGCGAUGAAGUUAAUAAAGCAGUACUGCCUCAGCGAACACGUGAUGGUGAAGGCGAAGAAAAUGGAUUUGACCAACGACCGGGCACUGGAUGAAUACCUCGUUGGUAUACUUAAACAAGGUAAUACUUUACUAGCAAAAACUGAUACCGACGAAACAGCCGGCAUUUGUGUGUGCUUCGCCAGCUGCCAAGUGGACGCCAGGAACCUUCGGACUUAUGCUUUUUACCGACAGGAUCCAAAUACAAAAGACUUCCUAAACUUUACUGCGAAACUACAGGAGACUCCAAACCUGUGGGAUGUAUUUAAACAACAAAAAAUAUUCGAGAUAAAAAUGUUAGCGGUACUCCCACAAUUCCGGCGGCAAGGAUUGGCCGCCACGCUGGUGGAGAAAGCCAGGGAGUCUUCCCUUGAUCAAGGAUACAAGAUCGUAAGGAUGGAUUGCUUGAAUCCUUACGACUACAAAAUCGCCGAGCGAAACAUGAUGACCUGCAUAGUCAAGUUUCCUCUUCACAAACUAAGAGGCCCCAACGCGCCAUUUGUAAAACGCAACUCGAAACACAACUGCCUGGUCAGAGUCUACGUCGACGCCCGGACAGACGACAACCCGGACAGAACCGCCCUUAAGAAGAGGCAGGCUGACCUUGAAAGCCUCAUUGAGUGAUGUUCGUACUAAUAAAACUUUGUCUGGUAGGUCUGUCUAUCACAUUUG